CACUCAACAAGAUACUACUAUAAUGCAGCCAGCUCUCUGAUCAGUUGGAUCUUUACGCUUGAUUUUAGUUCUUAUUUCAUGCUCGAAGGAAACUCAUUCAGGUUGAUGACAUCAAUAUACAAUCGCUUCAACAAUUUCGGAGCAUAUUUUUUCUCACAACAAAGCAAAUCGUUACGAAAUAAGUAGGUUUGUUGAGGUUUGAUAUCGUUGAGCCUCUUGCCAAACAAAAUGGUAGCUGAAAGAGAAACUUGGGUCGGCAAGUURGACUUCAUUCUCGCCCUGAUCGGGUUUUCUGUUGGUCUUGGAAACAUUUGGCGUUUUCCAUACUUGUGUUAUAAGAAUGGCGGAGGUUGUUUUCUGAUUCCAUAUGCAAUAUGUCUAUUUGUUGCUGGUGUGCCAUUAUUAAUCCUUGAAGUUUGUUUGGGCCAGUUCAUGAGUCAAGGUGGAAUAACAGCAUGGAAAAUCUGCCCAAUUUUCCAAGGAAUUGGAUGUGCUAGUGUAGUGAUUGUCCAGUAUCUGAAUAUCUACUAUAUCGUCAUUCUUGGAUGGGCAUUCUUCUACAUGUUCCAUUCAUUCACGGCCGUACUACCAUGGUCUCAUUGUGGKAACAAAUGGAAUACUGCUGCCUGCUUUGCUGGCAAGAAGAUGAUAGAAGUAAAUGUGACAAUAAAUGGAACUUUCAAUGGAACCAAAACAUUUGAAGAUAACAGCACAGUCUCGCCCAUUGUUGAGUUUUGGAACAAUCGAGUGCUCAACAUAUCUAAUGGUCUUGAUGAGGUCGGCAGUAUCAACUGGGAGAUGGCUCUCUGUUUAUUGCUCUCAUGGAUUGUCUGUUAUUUGUGUGUAUGGAAGGGAGUCAAGUCAACAGGCAGAGUUGUGUACUUCACAGCAACUUUCCCCUAUGUUCUCCUAACUAUCAUCUGUGUGCGUGCUGUUACUCUUCCUGGAGCAGCCACUGGAAUCAAGUAUUAUCUUCUUCCUGAUUGGUCUAAGCUACAACAGGGACAAGUUUGGCUCGAUGCAGCUACUCAAGUGUUUUUCUCCUAUUCAAUUGGCCUUGGAACUCUUGUUGCUCUUGGAAGCUACAACAAGUUUAAGAAUAAUUGUUACAGGGAUUGUAUCAUCUUUGCAUGUGUGAACAGUGGCACAAGUUUUUACGGAGGAUUUGUGAUCUUUUCUGUACUGGGAUUCAUGGCUGAGAAGCAAGGAGUUAGCGUUGGAGAUGUAGCCGAGUCAGGUCCUGGCCUGGCCUUUAUUGCGUAUCCUGCAGCUGUCGCUGAGAUGCCCAUUUCCCCGCUUUGGUCCAUUCUGUUCUUCUUUAUGGUCAUUCUGCUGGGAUUGGAUAGCGAGUUUGUUGGAGUGGAGGGCUUUGUGACAGCCAUAGUAGACAUGUUCCCGGGGUAUCUUAGACGUGGAUACCGUAAAGAGAUUUUCAUCGGAGUGAUGUCAACAUUCUGGUUUUUUAUGGGAUUAUUUAUGGUCACAGAGGGUGGCAUGUAUGUCUUCCAGCUCUUUGACAAUUACUCUGCUAGUGGUAGUGCGCUACUGUGGGUGUCUCUGUUUGAGAGUAUAGGCAUUGGAUGGAUUUAUGGUGCCGAACGCUUCUAUCAGAACAUUCAAGAAAUGAUUGGUUUCAGGAUCAAUCCCUGGCUGAAGAUGUGCUGGAUUUUCUUUACCCCCGUAUUCUGUCUGGCUAUUUUCAUCUUCACACUUGUGACCUACGAACCUCUGGUGUACAAUAAGACCUACAAGUAUCCUGCAUGGGGUGAAGCUAUUGGCUGGUGUUUGGCCAUGUCAUCUAUUAUCUGUGUCCCUGUCGUUGCUAUUAUCAAUAUGAUGAGGGCUAGUGGAGACUUUAUUGAUCGUUUGAGGGUUGUAACGACACCAGUACUACCCCCUGGCCGUGGUGUGCCUUAUGCAGACAACAACCCUUUGAAAUCACCUGAUGUUGAAAAGAAAGAUGUCAUGGAAUUCAAUACUAAGAUGUAAAUAAUGAGUACAAUCGAAACUGAUCACUUCACUCUUUUAACCGAUAUUUAACCAACUAACUUGUAUAAUCCCCUAAUUUUGAUGCAAUUCCUUACAGAAAAUACUUGUAGCAUACUGGUUAUUACUGAAGAUGAGUAUCACAUCCCAUUUAUUGACACCAAAAUGCUAGCAAUUCUAACUCCCUAUUUCACUGGUUAUCCUUGAUUCCAUACGUUUGAAUCUUUUCUUCCCAAGCUGCUCAUAAAUAGUAUACUUAACCAGUAUCUGUAGGUGUUUUCAAGGUUUAUGCACAUAAUACUAAUAUUAACCUUCCUCCCUACAACCUCAACAGAAUCAAUAGAAUCAAUCAAUUUCAAUUUUUAUUAGGUUUAUAAGUGAAAUAUCUGCACUUGAUUUAAACAAAACUUGAAUAAUAUUAGUUUAAAAUAGUCAUUACUAAUAGUAUCACAACUCAGCUUAAAAUAUCACCCAGUACAGAAUCAAAAUCUUUACUAGUUACCUUUCCAGAUUAAUGGACAGUUUAAUUAAUUGGCUGGAUAAUUGUGCUGCAUAUGCAAAUUUUAAGCUAAUGAUAUGAUCAACAAGAAAAAAAGGACCUAUUUGCCGUUUUCAAGUUGUAGGAGUGCAUUGCUGGUUUGGGGCUGGUUUGAAGGACAUUUCAUCAAAAGACCUAAUUCGUUGCAUUACGAUGUUUUCCCAUUUCAGACCACGCGCCAUUCCCAAGAGYGGCAUUUCUUUGUUUAACRGUUGCACUCGGUUUCAUAUGAGAAGGCACACGAAUAUGGAUAAAAACAAAACAGAGAAUCAUAUUCUCUCGUGAAUAACACGUGGUCUGAAAUGGGAAAACAUCGUAACACAAAGAUUAGGUCUAUCAAUGUCAAGUGAAAAAAAUGCCAUAAGUACUAAUGCUUGCCCUAAAACAGCCCGUGAUGCAACACACUCUGCAACUUCAGAACAGCUUAUAGACCCUUUGCAUAAAUUUAUUAACCAUAUGUAUAAUUAGGAAAAGUACUAAGCCUCUGUGUGCAAAAAAAACAACAACAAAAAAAAGGUUUGAUGAACCAUUUUUUAUUGCAAGUCCUAAAAUGCAUCUGCAUAUGAUUAGUAUAUUUAUGCAAAGUGUCUAUGUGCGCUUGAAGUUUGAAAAUAACUGGAUUUUAAAAAAUCCUUGGAAUUCCAAACUGAAUUUUUUAUAUUCUGUUGUUUCCAAACUGAAUAACAUGUACAUGUAGUCCUCUUGGAUAUACGUCUUAUACACUUUUACUAUAAUUAUUUUAUUAAUUACCUGGCAUUCGAUUUGUUAAUUUAUAUUUGUUUAAUCUUUUUCUUUAUUAUGCUAUUUUUAAGAUAUUAACUAUUAAUAAUAAUAUAGUUCACAUUGACACUAUUCACACUAUCACAUAAAUAAAAGUUAAUGCUAUCCACCCUUCGUACAACUGGGCCCAGCAGUGUAAAAGCUAAGAUGCAUUUGAUGCAUUGCAACAAAGUCACAGAACAGCUUUUUUAAUUUGCAGCAUUGCCUUAUUUAUUGUUGCUUGUAUUGCCACUCAACAAUCUUAUUUUUUUGCGUAUAAUAUUUAAUUGCACUGGAACAGAUUUAGCACGAUGUGGAAAAUGUACAACGCAGAGAUCAUGUGCUUGCCAUGACUUUACCACAGCCAUCGGUUUUGGCUUCACAGAGAAUCCCUGCAAAAUGUCUAUCAAAUGCAUGCUUUUAUUUUUCACAAUAAUAUAAUGUUCCUAGAUUUUUGCUAUUCCUGGGAUUCACUUGUUGUAGGAUUCAGAAUUGCUACAACGUCUCUGAAGACUAAUACAAACACGUACUCAGAGAAUAGAAAUCAUCAAUCCAAUUUAUUAUUUAUUCACCAAUAAUGUAAAUGUAUGUUAGGUACUAUAAAUUAGCAUGCCACUCAUCAAAUACUGAAGUAUCUUGAGUUUAAUGUAGAGAUGUUUCAUUGUAGCCAGUCUGCAUGGUGGUGGGCACAAUGCAUUGUUUAUUCGUAAAAAGAGAUUUCAUCUCCUGAAGAAGAAAAUCUGCUUUAUUUUGACUUUAAAUGGCUGCAGUGAACUCGUCUAUUUAGGACCUUAGACACAGGAUAUUGUCAGUAUUGAAUUUUGUUAAUUUGAUCAAAAGUGUUUCCUUUUCAUCUUGUAUUUCAAAACCCACAAGAUUUCUUGUCGUACAAAAAGAAAUCAAAAACUUGUGGAAGUGUGUAGCACAGUAAAUAAUAUCCGACUCUUCCAAACCAUAUAAAGUGCAAACACGAUCCAUGAA